AUGGUCCGGUUCUGCACAACCCGGCAAUACGACUACUGUGCAAACCAAAAAGAGAAUGUUAGAGGCUUGGACACUGAUCAAUCGUUGAAGUUCGAUAAUGGAAAUGGUGGGGAUGGUUUUGAUGGUAGUGACGGUAAUGGGGGACUUAACAAUGGUGGAGGUGGAGGAGGAGGAGAUGGAAAGGGAGGAGAUGGUGAGGAUUACGAAGAAAAGGAGUUUGGACCCGUUAUGAAAUUCGAAGAGGUAAUGAGAGAGACGGAAGCUCGAGGGGCCACUCUUCCUUCGGACAUGCUAGAGGCUGCCAAGACCUUCGGGAUUCGCAAAAUUCUUCUCCUUAGGUACUUGGACUUGCAGGGAUCAGCUUGGCCACUUGGUAUUGCAAUAAGAUCGUGGUCAAUGCUCCGUAACAGAAUGUUGGCUGACCCAUCUUUUCUCUUCAAGAUAGGAACAGAGAUAGUCAUCGAUUCUUGCUGUGCAACUGUUGCGGAAGUUCAAAAGAGAGGGAAGGACUUUUGGGCGGAGUUUGAGUUGUAUGUUGCGGAUCUUUUGGUCGGAGUUGUGGUCAAUGUUGCUCUUGUCGGUAUGUUGGCACCUUAUGUUCGUUUUGGCCAACCCUCCUCAUCGAGUGGUUUCACGGGACGUAUGCUACGUGCUUAUAAUGCUCUUCCUAGCAGUGUGUUUGAAGCUGAAAGACCCGGGUGUAGAUUUUCGGUGCAGCAGAGACUUGCUACGUAUUUCUACAAGGGUAUAAUGUAUGCUGCAGUUGGGUUCGGGUGUGGAAUCAUAGGUCAAGGCAUUGCAAAUAUGAUCAUGACGGCGAAACGGUAUACUUUCUCUCUUGAGAGGCAUCUCUCUGACAUUCCGGUUCCACCAUUGAUUAAGAGCGCAGCUCUCUGGGGUGUGUUCUUGGCUGUUUCUUCAAACACUCGUUACCAGGUCAUCAAUGGACUGGAGAGGCUGGUGGAGGCAUCUCCUGUAGCCAAGAAGGUGCCUCCAGUGGCAAUGGCAUUCACUGUUGGUGUAAGGUUCGCCAACAACAUCUAUGGCGGAAUGCAAUUCGUUGACUGGGCCAGAUGGAGCGGCGUUCAAUGAACAAAAACCCAGACAGAGAGAGACUCUUCUGCUCAGUGAAACCUUAGAUGCCAUCUUUUCAAGCUUAAUAAUGGCUUAGGUGUAACUUCUGAAUCCAUUUCAUAAAAUAUUUCAGUUUGGAACUCCA